GUGAAAGCACCGCCCUGAACCAGCAUCUCGUAGAUCUUCUGAAUGAGCUGCUUCCUAACGCAUUUUCUAUCACCAAUGACCAGGACGGCCAGCUCCAUGCCGACAAAGAGGAAGCAAAUUGGAAAGUUGUGGGCAGUGUGCUGGAUACACUGUUUGAAAGCGCCGAAAUAGCGCUUGAGCAGGGCACGAAGAAGGAGCAGACCAACCAAACAAAGGACGAAUUCACAUAUUUGGACGAAACUGACACUUCGGGAACCCACAAGAGCACUCCGCAGUCGCUAAAAAUACAGAAGCCCCAGCUGCUCUUUAAAACCCCCGUGGACAACUUCGAGACGUCGCCUUUCAAACCGCUUAUCAAAACAAAGCCCAACGCAUUGAUCCCGCUCCAGGAGAGUAUGCAGCUGGUGCGUGCAGCUCCAGACGUGCCAGAGCACUACGAGAACCCAUACUCUUACGAGAUUAUGAACCAGCCGUACCCAGAUUGGAUUCUGCAGCCACAAGAGUCGUUUGACUCGAUUCCAUGGAAAAAGAGCGAGGAGCCGACCUGGAUAGAUAAUCCAGCACAGCUGGACGACCUGCUUGUUGAGCUGAGCAAAUGUAAGGUUAUUGCCGUUGAUCUGGAGCACCACGACUACAGAACGUACCACGGAAUCACCUGUCUGAUGCAACUAACCACCGACACAAAGAAAGACUAUUUGAUUGACCCAUUGAGCCCAGAGCUCAGACCGCAUCUGGUGACUCUGAACGUCAUUUUCACAGACCCAAACAUCGUCAAAGUCUUCCAUGGCGCAUUUAUGGACAUAAUCUGGCUCCAGAGGGACCUGGGGCUUUACGUUGUUUCGCUAUUUGACACCUACCAUGCCUCCAGAGAAUUGGGGCUUGGCCGUCAUUCAUUGGCACAUUUACUGGAGACGUAUGUUAAAUUUAAGACGUCGAAGAAAUGGCAGCUGGCCGACUGGAGAAUGCGCCCGCUGAACUCUGAAAUGAAGAACUACGCAAAAGCAGACACACAUUUUCUGAUUGAGGUUUUCUACAAAAUGCAUAGCGACCUUGUGCAGAAUCCGGACAAGCUAAAAAGGGUUUUGCACGAGUCGCGCAAGGUGUCGAACAGACGUUACGAGUACUCGACGUUCAAGCCAAGAAACGUCAAGUCGGCAAACGGAUUUUCCAGCGGCGCAGAAGUCGUUGCUACUAACCAGUCUGUGCCGCAGCUUCCGGAGUUCAAGAAUGGGCUUGUGUCAGUGCAUAACCCGACAAACCUUCCGUGGAGCAAUUUGGCGGACUCAAACUCUAUUCCAAUGGCCAAGAGACCUCUGCUGGAGGUGCUUUUCAAAUGGCGGGACGAGCAGGCCCGGCGAGAGGACGAGUCGCCACGCUACAUCAUGUCUGAUUUCAUGCUUGUGUCGUUAGUGAACGCUUUUAGCCAGGACUCGGAGGUGGUCAGCAAGCGGACGGUGUUGGAGGUGAUCAACUCGUCCUCGCGGUUCGGUGGGUCGCAGUUUGUGCGCUCGAAGUUGAAGGAGCUUGUUAUGCUGAUCCAGGACUGUUUGGAGGAGCUAAAGCAGAUGGACACGGCGCUGUGGGACAGUAUCUACGAAAAAAAGCCGGCGACGACGAAAGGCAACUCCAAGGACAUUGAACUGGCGUUUGAGACUGUGAAGCAGAAUUUUGAGGCGGCCAACAGGCCCGUCUACGACGGCGUUGUUAUGGCCAAAGAGACCGACAACGGGGUGUUUUCGGUGCGGUACACUAGAAAUGGGGGUGUGGAUUUUAUUGGUGCGGACGUGAAGCAGCACCGGCUGGAAAAGGCGCUGGAAUAUUUGAAGAUUCAGCGAGACGUUACAAUCGACGUUUCUGAGGAGCCUGUCGACGAGCAGCUGGAGCAGCCAGAAGAAGAGGAAGAAACAGAGACGCCUGAGCCCGAGAGUCGUCUGACGAGCGCGGCUGCCGACGAGAUCAUCACGCUGCGUAAGCACCAGCAACGGAGACGCAAGCAGGACGCCCCUGCAACCGAGAAGCUCGACACGUCGCAAAAGAUCAUGGUUUCGAAGCCGCAGCAGAAAAAGCGCAAGGUGUUUGAGCCGUACAAGAACGAGGGCGCCUUGACUGCUCCAAA